GUGUGAACCGACACUUCCAUAUGAUCUGUAUCCGGGACAAGUUCAGCCAGAACAUUGGGCGGCAGGUUCCAUCCAAGGUCAUCUGGGACCAUCUGAGCACUAUGUAUGACAUGCAAGCACUGCAUGAGUCCGAGAUUCUUCCCUUCCCAAAUCCGGAGAGGAACUUCGUCCUUCCUGAGGAGAUCAUUCAAGAGGUCCGAGAAGGAAAAGUGAUCAUUGAAGAGGAAAUGAAAGAGGAAAUGAAGGAGGACGUGGACCCCCACAGCGGGGCUGAUGAUGUUUUUUCAUCUUCAGGAAGCUUGGGGAAAGCAACAGAAAAAUCCAGCAAAGACAAAGAGAAGAACUCUUCAGACUUGGGGUGCAAAGAAGGGGCGGACAAGCGGAAGCGCAGCCGGGUCACCGACAAAGUGCUCACAGCAAACAGUAACCCCUCCAGCCCCAGCGCUGCCAAGCGGCGCAGAACAUAGACACCUCAACCCCAGGGGCAGCAGAAUCGUCCUGAUGCUUCAAGCUACUACUGCCUGCCCUCAGGUCUCGGCAAAAGCGUUCAUCUCAUGGGGACAUGCAUGGAGCCUGGCACCGUGCUGCCAGCCCAUCAGGGAACUCAUGGACCUGAAAGACCAGGGUCAACCCCAUUUGGUCGUGCAGGCAGCUGAAUCCGCAUUCUGCCUCCUCCCAGGGCGUCUCCACCUUCGCCUACCACUUGCGGAGGAGACCAGGAGAAGACCUGAAUCAGCAAGCAAUAAAACACCGUCCUCACUCUGUCUCAGAGGGAGCACGUAGUCUUCCCUGGGUUCGCACUCUGCAUCGCUUGGCCCUCUAAGCCCCACUUCUGCCCUGACCAAGACAUCAGGAGAAUGUGGCCCAGGACGUCACACUACUUGCCUUGUGUGGACCCCCAACCGAGAACCUAAGGACUGGGUACUUUGCCUCGUUCACUUGUACUGUAAUGAUGUAUAUAAUUUGGUUGGUAUUUCACUAUUUAAUUUGUAAGAAACCUAUUUUAUACUAGUGUUUUAUAUGAGCAAAAAUACUGCAGAAGUUAAACCUAUGUUGUAUUUUUUCUGAGAUGUUUUGUUUUAAGGUAACAACUGCUGAGAUACUUUUUGCUCAGUUUUUAUAUGCCAGAUACAGAGAAUUUGUAGCGGUUAUUUUUGUAAUUCUAGUGGCCUGUGAAAAGACUAAAUGAGCGAGUGGAGGGGAAAGCACAACCACUGGGCUGAGGCGGUGGUGGCCCCAGUGUUGACUGGGGUCCACUUCAUUUGGCUGUGAACAUUAAAGCACAAAAAAAUCAA